GAGGUGAAUCAACGUCUCGGCCAUGUGUGUUAGUGUUGUGUUACCCAUGUGAAAUUAACAGAUAAGCGAUAAGAGUCUAAAACGCAGCUUUAACGCACAACGUGGCCGAUUAAAACAGCUGCUGCUUCAUGAACCGAGUCGCUAAAAAGUGUGUUGUUGCGAUAUUUGAGAUAACAGCAAAAGUUUCUCCCCCAAAAAAUCCCUAAUUCUUGUUAAUAUUUGCUGAGGCCGGUUAGUGAUUAACUUGCAGCAGCUGCACAGUCCCAGCACAGCACGCGCUACACAGAGAGAGCGAGCCACUCCGGUCAUUGAGUCCGCUUCACCAUGCACUGUGUCCGGGUUUGGAGGAGUGUGAGUCCCGCGUGUCGAGCAGCUCAUUCCGCAUUAUGGAGACGAGCUCAGAGCCGCACAGCAACAACCACCACCAGGCUGGACCUCAGCGGGAUUUAUCCGCCUAUAGCGACUCCUUUCACCGCCAAGGAGGACGUGGACUACCAGAGACUGGAGGACAACCUGCAGAAAUAUGCAAAGAUACCAUUUAAAGGUCUGGUGGUUCAAGGCUCUAACGGUGAAUAUCCGUACCUGACGGAGGAGGAGCGGGUGGAGGUGGUGAGGAGAGUCAGACGCUCGCUGCCAGCCCAGAAACUGGUGAUGGCAGGAUCCGGCUGUGAAUCCACCAGAGCAACGGUGCAGCUCACCGAGAAGAUGGCGGCAGCCGGAGCCGACGCCGUCCUCGUGGUGACACCAUGCUUCUAUAAAGGCAAGAUGGACAGCCGCGCUUUGAUCCAGCACUUCACCAAGGUGGCGGACAGCAGCCCGGUGCCGGUGGUUCUGUACAGCGUGCCGGCCAACACGGGGCUGGAGCUGCCGGUGGACGCUGUGGUGCAUCUCUCUCAGCACCCAAACAUCCUGGGCAUCAAAGACAGCGGAGGAGACACGGCGGGUCUUCUGCGGACAGGCUCGUCCUCCUCGUUUCGAUUUGUCUCACAGCGUCUGACUGCAUGA